ACGUCACCGUCAACGCUACAGCACCUCCACAAAUGUUCUGCUGUAGGGGUUGUAAGGGGCAGUGUACUGUCAUCAUACAAACCCACACAGACUAUGACCGUCAUGACAAGAAAUGCAGGCAAUGGGUUCUGCCACAAGUAGUUAUUGGAUGGAAAGGUACGAGCCAGACCGAACAUCCGGAGUCAUGCGGAGCCUCUCUGUCGCAUUCCAACUGGCAAGGGUCUAAUUCAGAUCCCAGUCACGGCCAUGGUGGAUAACUUGUACGAUCGUGACCAUAGCAACCACGUGACCGUCCAGGCCCUGGUGACAUAUCCUAGACACCCUCCCAUAGUUACCACUACGUCACUAACUCUCAAUAUCGGGCGCAUUGAUGUGGUUGCUAAGGACAAUGACCACAGAGCUAUGUGUACAUCCCUGAAUGAUCCACAUAUUACAACGUUUGACGGCAGGCGGUAUGACAAUUUCAACACUGGUGAAUUUGUUUUGUACAAGCAUAAGACACUCCCGUACGAGGUCAGAGCACAAUAUCAGAAAUGCAGCAGUCGUCAUUCCAGAAAGAAUCCGUCGUGCAACUGCGCUGUUGCAAUAAAAUCUGGUGAUGACGUCAUAACAUUUUCGAGCUGUGGUAGUCAUGGCGUCACACCAGCGCCACAACACGGGCACCAUCAUGACCGUCAUCAUCACCACCAACCAGCACCAACUCCAAUCACCAUACAAAUGUUCAAGAACGGUAACCUGACCCCUGGUACAGUGAUCCGCCGUUUAGGGUGCGGACAGAAAUAUGAGGUACACCUUCCAACAGGCACGGUUGUGACCAUCCAGUCCAGCGCCCGACCUUUCCUCAAUAUUUGGGUGAAGCCUUCAAGUUUAGACUACUCCCAGACGGAAGGUCUGUGUGGUUUGUACGAUCGAAAUCGCAGAAAUGACGUAGUCCACAACAAUGGCCGACCUUUUCCUGAUAAUGACCGUUCUCCGGAUGAGUUCUCAAUGAGAUGGCACGUUAGUACGGGAGCAAGUAUUUUCACCGGCGUACCCCCAGCCACCGUACCAGGAAUCACCCGUUUCUGUAGCUGUGUCCGGGGUCGUCCUGUAUUUUGUGUCAGCAGUCAUGGCACGAUGAGGUGCUUAGAAACACGUUACGACAUCACCCGCACAGUAGUAUCACAAGCCAGGCUGCCUCAGUUGGGUGGAAGAGGAAGAGGCAAACGUCAAGCAUCAAUCACCCCAGACUCACCGGAAGUACUGCCAGAGAUCACCCAGAACUACACGUUGGCCGAAGCUAAGGAUGUGUGUAGUAGCGCCAUCUACAAUAACUCUGUAACUCUUCAGUGUGACAGUGUGGUGAACGGCUCCGAUAUAUCGGAAAGGAUAGACAACUGCGCGGCAGACUUAGAGACGACAGGUGACGAUGUCUGGGCUCUUGAUUCAAUCAAAGAUAUCAUGGAGGAAUGUUUAGGAGAGGUUGAAAAGACUCCGGUGAACGGGUCGAAUUCGAGUGUCCCCGUCAUAGACACGUCCAACCUUUGUAGUGAGCAGUGCCAAAACGGAAACUGUACUCAAGGAGUGUGUCAGUGUGAACCUGGUUUCGCCGGAACUGACUGCUCAGUAUCUGCCAGGAACACUACGCCGACUGUUAACCCGCGACCGGCAGAUAAUACCGGAUGUGACGUCAGACAUUCCAGCGACAAAUGUCAGACGGUCAUGAUCCUUGGACAAAACUUUGUUGAAUCCCCCACCCUAACCUGUCACUACACUUAUAUCAAGGUCACGUCUUCAGUACAGCGGAUCGGACUUGAGACAACGGUUCCUGCAAAUUUCACCAACAUGUACCAGGUAUCGUGUCGUCUGCCGGAUGCAAACACUGGCGCCUUCAUACGCGUCAGCAACGACGGCAUUACGACCAGUAACGACCAAUACCUCCAUCUCGUGUACGACUCCAUUUGUUUCGACUGCACGCUCGCUAAUGAUACGUCCGCAUCCACUUGCAGUCGUAAGACGACAGGUGACGAUGUCUGGGCUCUUGAUUCAAUCAAAGAUAUCAUGGAGGAAUGUUUAGGAGAGGUUGAAAAGACUCCGGUGAACGGGUCGAAUUCGAGUGUCCCUGUAAUAGACACGUCCAACCUUUGUAGUGAGCAGUGCCAAAACGGAAACUGUACUCAAGGAGUGUGUCAGUGUGAGCCUGGUUUCGCCGGAACUGACUGCUCAGUAUCUGCCAGGAACACUACGCCGACUGUUAACCCGCGACCGGCAGAUAAUACCGGAUGUGACGUCAGACAUUCCAGCGACAAAUGUCAGACGGUCAUGAUCCUUGGACAAAACUUUGUUGAAUCCCCCACCCUAACCUGUCACUACACUUAUAUCAAGGUCACGUCUUCAGUACAGAGGAUCGGACUUGAGACAACGGUUCCUGCAAAUUUCACCAACAUGUACCAGGUAUCGUGUCGUCUGCCGGAUGCAAACACCGGCGCCUUCAUACGCGUCAGCAACGACGGCAUUACGACCAGUAACGACCAGUACCUCCACCUCGUGUACGACUCCAUUUGUUUCGACUGCACGCUCGCUAAUGAUACGUCCGCAUCCACUUGCAGUCGUAAGGGCGAUUGCUGUGUUAUUGACAAGGCCUGCUAUGCUACAGACGAAACUAAACCUGGAGAAAAAUACCAGGUUUGCAAGCCUGAAGUAAGCUCUUCUUCCUGGACGGACACGUGUAAUUCAGAUCCAGCUUGUGCUCCAGUAAUGGAAGCUUCGAAGCAGGAGGACACUUUCGAUCAGACCGAGAUCGUCAUAUUAGCUGUUGUGUGUGGGGUCCUUGGAUUAGGCUUGAUCGUUGCCGUCGGACACAUCAUAAAAAGCAGAUCAAAGGCACAGAACCACAAAAAGUAUCAAGUUCAAGAGGACAAACCAGAGCCAAUCCCGGAAGUAGCUUACGAUAACAAAAUGUACGCAGACAGUAACUAUAGAAUGUGAUAAAUUGAUAAUUUUGUCUGCGGAUUGUUUGUGGUGAAAAAGACACGACAUUAAAAUGGAUUUAAAUUUUAAUAAGAUUUGUUUGAUAUACAAGAUCAACUUUUGAUCAAUUAAUUUGUAAAUAAAACGACAUGAGUUUAAAAAUUAUAACUGAAAAAGCAAUGUGUUUCAUACUAUCACCUCUGAUAAAUUAUUGUUUUCAACUCCGGAACAAAAUUUAUUUAAGCAGAAGAUCAAUGUUUAAUACAUUAGAUGUUGCAAUAUUCA